CCGCGCACGAGGUACACGCCCCGUGUCGCCACCGGGUGAAGACGCCGGCUGUCGACAAACACUACUGCUGCUGCUACUCUACCACAACCAUUUUCCCCAGACACUCACAGCCAGAUGUCGGGGUAGCGCCAUGUACCCUGCCAAGAUAGCUCUGUGCCCCCUAGUCCCUCUGGUACCGUCCAAGUUGGCAGACAUGCUACGUCAGUCGAUUGCACCGCAAUUUCUCGAGGUCAUCUGCGGCGGCCCGCCGAAUCACAAAGCCACAAAGCCAUCAGGUGUGACUGCUCCUCGUCGCUACAUGCGGCGUGACGCUUGUUUCAUGAGUUGUACAUCGGGAACUACUGUUUCGCUAGCCAAACAUUGCAAAUUCUACAUGGCUCUCAAUGACCCGGUGCCUGUCCACUAAUCCCUCCUUGUCCAUGGUUGCUGCUGUCCCCUAAGCCACCCCAAUCU